GAAACAAUCAUCUGACGUUAAUGAGGUUUCCCCCAUCCUAUCGGUCUGUGUCUUAUCCUUUCAUUCGAUAAAUAAAAGUAUUAUCAAAUAUCCACUUUAACCUCGCAAUAAUAUGUUGUGGUCGCCUUCAUUUUAUCUUUACGGUGAUUGUAGAAUAUCAAUUAUAAAAAAGUUUUGAUUUGUAAUUUCAAAAUGUCGACGUACGCUGUGUUAAGUGUUUUGUUAUUGACUAGUUUUCUUCUUGUGGAGGUUCAAGGUGAUUUUCGACGAUUAAAACGAGACGAUGAUGUAGAUAAUAGUAUCCUAGAGAUUUACAGUAACUGUAAAUGUGUUUAUUAUUACCAGUGUGAUGAAAAUAAUACAGUGAUUACCAAUGGAGUAAAUUUAAUCGAAAUACGCAUGACUGAAAAUGAGGCCAAACAAGAAAACAGUAAUAGAAAAUUAUGCAAAGGGGGAAAGUUCGAAGGAGAGAUGGUCUGCUGCAAAGUUGGCCCCACUAACAGCAGUGCUGAGAGCAGAAAUCCCGUGAUAGAAGAUGAUAAUUCCACUCCAGCCGCAAUGCACCAGUGUGGAGUCCAAAGAACCAAAAUUAACGUCAGAAUAAUGACGGACGAGGAUAGUGAUGAAGAGGUCAAUCCACUGGAUGGAGAGUUCCCAUGGAUUACGGCUGUUUACAAGAUAAAUAAAAAGGGCAGAUGGGUUUUUCAUUCCAGUGGGGCGCUGAUACAUCCCAAAGUUAUUUUAACAGCUAAUCACUACUUUCAUAGGAAAAAUGCAAAUGACUUCAAAAUAAUCCUUACUGGUGAUGUGGAACUGAGUAAAGUUGGAAAUAAUGUCGAUAACGAACGAAACGUCGUAGAAAUAGUAAACCAUCCAAAAUAUUAUGGAGGUGCCCUUUACAAUGACGGAGCUCUAUUAAUCCUAGAUCGACCUUUCGAAUCUACAAAAACAAAUUCAUUAAAUACCCUUUGCUUACCACCUGACAAUCUCAACAUGAAUUCUGGUAGAUGCCUCGUUGCAGGAUGGGGAAAAGGAUCCGAGGAAGAAGUCGUUUUUAUUUCAGGUAUCAAAGUUUUAAAAAAAGUUGAAUUACCAAUUGUACCGUUCCAUAAAUGUGAAGAACAACUCAGAAAAACGAGGUUGGGAGCUGGUUUUAUUUUGAACGAGUCAUUCAUGUGUGCAGGUGGAGAGAAAAACAAAGAUGCCUGCAAAGGAGAUGGAGGAAGUCCUUUGAUGUGUUUACUUCCUGGACAAACGAGAUAUUUCCAUAUGGGAAUCGUUUCUUGGGGUAUCGGGUGCGGGACCGAAAAUGUUCCCGGUGUAUACGCCAGUACUAUAAAAUUGAAACCUUGGAUAAUGGAAGAACUGAAGAAAAGAAAUUUAGAGUUAUAGGUUUUUGUUUUGUAUUGUAUGGAAGAGUUGAAAAAGAGAAAUUUGGAAUUAUGGAUUUUUGUACUUUGUAUAUAAUAUACGCUUUUUCACAUUUUA